AUGGGUUGUGGCGGUUCUAGAGAUAAAGCAGACAGAGAAAUCAAGUCUUACAUGAUUUGGAUUCCUUUUGCAUAUGAUGUUAAUGCAUUCUUUAGUCCAUGUGAAAAUCUUUUAGAAACAGCUGAGAUGUUAAGAGCUGGUUUUGAAGAUACCACUGAAAUAAUGCACGACUUAGCCAGUACUAACUACUUAAAGAGCCCUCCUCCUCCUACUCUUAUUGAUGCUGUCAAAGUCUGGAUCUGGACUCUUGCUGCUAACAACGAAGGUGAUAUUGGUAAAUGUCAUCUUAAUGCUGACUCCAGCUCUCCUUAUUUGAAGGUUGACCUUGGUAACGAAUGCUCAUAUUGCAAGAACAAUCCUGAUAUUUUCCACCCUGAAUGCUCUCAAAAUUAAAAUGCUAAGUUUUAAAAAGCCCUCCAAACCUAUAUCAAAACUUGCAUUGAAGGAGUCAAAUAAUUACCUGAUCUCUUAAAGAACUUAAUUGACCUUGCUGAAAAAUCUAAAAAUUUGGCUGAGAAUUGCAAAUCAUGCUUAGACGCACUCAGUACCUUAGAAAAAGCUAAAGCUUUAUCCAAUAUUGCUAAAAACAGCGCCACCUUAGCUUCAGGAGUCUCUAAGCUUAAAAAUGUCUAAACACUAGUUACUGAAGCUGUCAAAAAUAUGUAAGAUAUUGUCAAGCAAGUACCUGAUAUUCUUGCAACUGCCAACGAAGUAGCUAAGAAGGCUGUUGAUAAGAAGCACACACAUCUUGCUGAUGUUAUGCAAGACUGUCAUCCAGGUGAUAAAUACGAUGCAGCUCAAAUCAAGAAGUUGAAAGAAGAAGCUGAAAAGAAGAGAAAGCAAGAAGAAGAAGAAAAGAAAAAGAAAGCUUGUUUAAUAAAUAAGCUUUUGGAAGCUAAGAAGCUACUCCAAUCUAAAUCAGAAAAGAAGUGA